AUGAUUUCCCAAGUUCUUAAAUUUAAGGGUAUCGUUUAUAAAGUGCAGAUUUCAGAGUUAAGAAUCAAGAUUAGUAGAGAUCUAUUGAUGGAAUUAAUUUUUGAAAAACUAAUGGAAAAUGCAAAAUUAAAUAAAGAAUUAGAACUUUUAAAAAAUGAAAUUCAUGAAAUCAAAAAUUCACUAAAAUAA